UGCGUUAUGUCUUGUUUUCAUAGUCAGCAACAGCAGGGAAAGUAACUGUACUGAGGAAAAUGCCGUGCCUCAACGUCACCACCAACGUCUCCCUCGACGGGGUUGACACCUCUUCCAUCCUCUCCGAAGCCACCGCCACGGUCGCCAGCAUCAUCGGCAAACCAGAGGCCUAUGUGAUGAUUGUACUGAAGGGAUCAGUGCCCAUAUCUUUUGGUGGGAAUGAGCAGCCAGCAGCUUAUGGAGAAUUGAUUUCCAUUGGUGGUAUUAAUCCUAGUACGAACAAGGAACUUAGUGCUGCAAUUUCUUCAAUUCUGGAAACCAAAUUAUCGGUGCCCAAGUCACGGUUUUACCUGAAAUUCUAUGACAGUAAGGGUUCCAACCUUGGAUGGAAUGGAUCUACAUUCUGAAUUCUAUUUACAUUUGUUGUGGCGGUACCUUGACUGUUGGAACGAGUCCUCUCAGUAUGUGUUUAUUAUGUCUAUGUUUGAUAUCUUAAUAUAAAAGUACUUGGACUUCUGGUAGCCUUGGCAUGGGUAUCAUAUCAUGCAAAUGUAAGUUGAUUAAUCCCUAGGAUAAAUGGGGUUUGUAUGUUUGUCACUUUUGUGACAAAAACUAUCUUCCGCCGCUUUAAAUGCUCGUAAAUUUAUAUUGAUGAUGCAUUUUGUGAAUUAA